AUGAACGCCAUUGUCGAACAGUCACUGCAUGCCUUCAAGCUCAAGGGUAUCAGCUACGAAUCGGUGACUUCAAGACAGCUAGCUAGUGAAGCUGCACGAUUUGGAUACGCCAGAGUCCCAUAUCUGGCAAUGCUCAACAAUAACCAUAGCUGUGGUGCAAACAUUGCGAAGAGAAAGGGCACACGGUCGUUCACUUCCCUGCACUGGAAUCCCGUAGCUGGCGGGAACAUGUGCGACAGAGGCUCCUCCUCUGUCAGAUACACUACAUUCGCGGCAUGGCCAGGUCACUCGCAGCAUUCACCCUGCAAGACCCUACGAUAA